AUGAUAUCCUAUGGAGACAGGCUGGGGGCCCCUGCCGUCUCCCCACUUCCAGUCCGCGCAGGGCACAUGGUACACGGGGCAGCCUUCGCCUAUGUGCCCAGCCCACAGGUCCUGCACAGGAUCCCAGGGACAUCUGCCUAUGCCUUCCCCAGCCUGAGCCCAGUGACCCUCACAGAGCACAGCUGCCCCUAUGGGGAGGUCCUGGAGUGCCCUGACCCACUACCUGCCAAGCUGGCCCUGGAGGAGGAGCAGAAGCCAGAGCUUGGGCUGGCCCAGAAGCUGCGCCAGGCUGGUGUGAUGCUCCUCAAGGUGCCGCUGAUGCUGGCCUUCCUCUACCUCUUUGUCUGCUCCCUGGACGUGCUCAGCUCAGCUUUCCAGCUGGCUGGAGGGAAGGUGGCUGGUGACAUCUUCAAGGACAAUGCCAUCCUGUCUAACCCCGUGGCGGGACUGGUGGUAGGGAUUCUGGUGACCGUGCUGGUGCAGAGCUCCAGCACGUCCACAUCCAUCAUUGUCAGCAUGGUCUCCUCUGGCUUGCUGGAGGUGAGCUCUGCUAUCCCUAUCAUCAUGGGCUCCAACAUUGGUACCUCUGUCACCAACACCAUCGUGGCUUUGAUGCAGGCAGGAGACAGAACUGACUUCCGGCGGGCCUUCGCGGGGGCCACAGUGCACGACUGCUUUAACUGGCUGUCCGUUCUGGUCCUGCUGCCCCUUGAGGCUGCCACGGGCUACCUGCACCAUGUCACUGGACUCGUGGUCGCCUCCUUCAACAUCCGUGGUGGCCGUGAUGCCCCUGACCUUCUCAAGAUCAUCACGGAGCCCUUCACAAAGCUCAUUAUCCAGCUGGACAAGUCUGUGAUCACCAGCAUUGCCACAGGGGAUGAGUCCCUGAGGAACCACAGUCUCAUCCGAAUCUGGUGCAACCCAGAACCUUUGGAGGUUUCCACUUCCAUGUCCAGGGCAGAGGCCAAUGCUAGCCAGACCCUUGGAAAUGCUACCAUGGAGAAAUGCAACCACAUCUUYGUGGACACGGGGCUGCCUGACCUGGCUGUGGGACUCAUCCUGCUGGCUGGCUCCCUGGUGCUCCUAUGUACCUGCCUCAUCCUCCUCGUCAAGAUGCUCAACUCUCUGCUCAAGGGCCAGGUGGCCAAGGUCAUCCAGAAGGUCAUCAACACUGACUUGCCUGCCCCCUUCACCUGGGUCACAGGCUACUUUGCCAUGGUGGUAGGCGCUGGCAUGACCUUUGUUGUCCAGAGCAGUUCUGUGUUCACGUCGGCCAUAACCCCACUCAUCGGACUGGGUGUGAUCAGCAUCGAGAGGGCCUACCCGCUCACGCUGGGCUCCAACAUUGGCACCACGACCACGGCCAUCCUGGCUGCACUGGCCAGCCCCAAGGAGAAGCUGUCCAGCUCCUUCCAGAUUGCUCUCUGCCACUUCUUCUUCAACAUCUCGGGCAUCCUGCUGUGGUACCCGCUGCCCUGCACGCGCCUGCCCAUCCGCAUGGCCAAGGCUCUGGGCAAACGCACCGCCAAGUACCGAUGGUUCGCUGUCCUUUAUCUCCUCGUGUGCUUCCUGCUGCUGCCCUCGCUGGUGUUUGGCAUCUCCAUGGCAGGUUGGCAGGCCAUGGUAGGUGUGGGUGCACCUUUUGGGGCCCUGCUGGCCUUUGUGGCAUUCAUCAAUAUACUGCAGAGUCGAAGUCCUGGACGCCUGCCCAAGUGGCUGCAGACRUGGGACUUCUUGCCCCGCUGGAUGCACUCCCUGCAGCCCCUAGACCGCCUCAUCACCCGUGCCACCUUGUGCUAUGCCAGGCCUGAGCCCCGCUCACCCCAGUUGCCUGCCAGGGUCUUCCUGGAGGAACUGCCCCCUGCCACACCCUCCCCCCGCCUUGCACUACCUGCUCACCACAGUGCCACCCGCCUCUAG